CGUCCGCCGCGAUAGCCACGGGGCGAUGAUGCAUAUUGGCCGUGGAGGCACGGGCAAUGUGGCCAAGGCGGAGGACUCGUCCCCGCCGUCAGGUCCGGCAGCAUCAGACAAGCAGCCGUCGCCGAGCCCUGCGCUUCUUGCUGCCGACAAGGGCAAGGACAAGGAGAACCUGCAAAAGGUGAAGAGCAGGGCGUCGUCGGAUGGGGAUCAUGCGGAUGCGGGGGACGACGAUGUGGCGGUGCCGGCGCGCAAGCCCGAGGAGGUUGGGUGGGCUGAGAAGGGGAGGAAUUUGUUGUUUGGGAAGAAGUGAUGGGGUAUGGUGCUGAAUGAUUUCUUGCUGAUUAGGAGGGAUAUGGGGAGAAAUUCGUUUCUCUGGGGUUCUGGCUUGUUUGGUGUUCCUGGGUGACUUUGGGUGGCUGUAGUAUCGUUCAUACCCCGGUGUUGGCGUUCAAAAUCGUGGAUUGGCUAGGGGGAUUCCUCAGGCUCGGCGGCAAGGUAUUAGGUACUUGGAUGAGGAUACGGUAUGGAUAUCCUAACUGAGCGUUAUGGAACGGGUUUCAGGGAAGAGUUUGAUGUGGUGUUUGUGUGCCUAGUGAGUAUCAUUUGCCUCCAGCUUCGCUCGUUGGCAGCCCUGUGCAAGAUAUCCCCACAUGGAGCUAUUUCAAGCUUGUUUCGUACCUUGCGCCUUCAUCUCGAGAAAGCACCCAGUUCACACAUGCUACCGAAAUCCAUGAUCCGACACCCAAUCUUCCCCGGUACCCUCAGAGUCGUUUGAAGCAGUUAUACGCCACAUCAAGCCUCUCAAUGACC